AUGGCAGGUAGGGGAGAAUCAGGAGGUGGGUCCAUGAGACAAAGAAUAUCAUUUAGACCAAGACCAAUUGAUAUUUCUAAGCCAAUGCCAAUUAUAAGAACAGCAUUGGAUGAUGAUGAAGCACAAGAUUUUAGAUUUUUACCAAUUGUAUCAACGGGUAUGGACCAGGCAGAAGAAUCAGAAUUACAUUUACAGGAAAUUAUUCAAGCAUCAGUAAAGAUGAAACAUGAUGAAUUACCAGAAAUUCCAAUUCCAAUUGUAAAUAUAGUGGAUGGCUAUGACACAGCGCCCAACCCUAGCCCAUUUGGAAUGGGACAAACUUAUAUAUUAUAUCACGACAAAAAUGAUGAAGAGAUGGAUGAAAUUACAGAAUACGAUUUAGAUAGUGAUGACGAAGAAUUGGUUAAUCAAAUUAAUAAGAAUGCGAUGAACUCAACCAACUAUCCACCAUCCAAAAAACCAAUAUUAACAUUAGACCGUUUCGAAGAGAUUAUGGAUCGAUUUGAAAAGGAAUUUUAUUAUUAUGGGAAAUGUGACCAAACCAGAGCUGAGGCCAUUUGUAAAGGAAUUAGACCUGCAUUUGCUCAACAAAUAUAUCAAUAUUGGCAGAAUAAAAGAAAACAGCAUUUAGUUAAUAAUACAUUUUUACGUAGACUUUUAAAGCCACCAGACAGAGAAGAUCCCUCACCAUUUAAAGCUUUUCGUGCAAGAGAAAUUGAUACAAAUAAAUUAAAGAAGGCAAGAAAGAACGAUGCUGCUUCAUUACUAAAGAUGACACAAUUAAGAGAGGAAAUAGAACGCACAAGAAUUAUAUCGGAAAUGGUAAAAAAGAGAGAGAAAUUAAAAAAAGAUUAUUUAUUGGUUGUUCAAGAAUUAUAUGAAAAAUUGGUUGACUUGGCUCAAAUUAAGAAAGAGGAAGAAGAUGAUUUACCAAUUGUUCCAAUCACAGAGAAAUCAAGUGUAAAUCAAAACUCAAAUACAGCUUCAUCUGUGCAUUCUUCAUCAUCACAUAAAAAGAAAAAAGACAGGGAUGAGCGUGCUAUUGCAAGUAGUGGUACCACCAACAAAGAGGGCAACAUUAAUGAAACUUCAACAACCCUUCAAGCCAUACUUCAAUUACAAGAGAAUCCAACUGGUCCUACCUUUAUCAAUAGAGAUUCACAACCACUAAUUUUAGCAAAUGGUAAGGCUCGUCAAGAAGGCUAUCGUCAUUUCAUUGUAAAACCAGGGGAAUACCCAACAGCAUCACUUGAAAAACAAUAUAGCGAUCAAAAACAAUCACAAUUAUCAUCAUCAUCAUCGUCGUCAUCUUUAACUACACCAAAUUUACCAUUAACCACACCCACAACAACUACAGCAACAACAGCAGCUCCAUCAGAAAAAUCAACCAACUUAUCAACCUCCACACCAUCAACUUCAGAUAUUAUUAUGAUUGAACAACCAAUUGAUGAUGAAAAAGAAAGAGAAAAAAGAAAAAGAGAUAUCGAUUACUUUAAUUCAAUUUCAGUUCCAACUUCAAAUGAUUAUUAUGAAUCUGAUGAAUUUGAUUCAGAGGAUUCAACUACAGAUAGCGAAACUGACGAUGAAAGUGAUAUCGAAUUUAAUCAAAAAAUUGCUAAAAUUCCUCCAACCAAACCAAAUCAUUACAACUCAAUGGGAAAACCAAUUUAUCCAUCAUUAAACCAAGGCUAUAUUUUUGUUAAUCAUAAUUAUCCACCAGUAUUAGGUCGUGCUAGAAUUGGUUUAUAUGGUAAAGCUUAUAUAGAUUUUAUACCAAUAAAUAAUGAAUCAUCAAGUUAUCGUCCAACUCUUAAUGGUGGAAAAAAUGGUGGUAAAUUAAGACCAUCAACAACACCUGAAAACUAUCAAUUAAAUCAAUCAAAUUUAAGAAAUAAUAAUAAUAAUAAUAAUAAUAAUAAUAAUAAUAAUAAUAAUAAUAAUGAUAAUAAUGAUAACAAUGAUAACAGUAAUAGCAAUAAUAACAAUACUAAUAACAAUAACAAUAAUAGCAAUAAUAAUAAUAUUGAUAAUACAAAUAGUAAUAGUAAUAAUAAAAGCAAUUAUAAUACCGAUAUUAAUAAUAAUAAUAUGGAUUCAAAUAAUAAUUCAUGUAAUUUUUCUACCGACUCAAAUCACCCAUUACAGGAUGAUUCUAAAAAUAAUAUAAAUAUAGAUACAGAUUUAAAAAAUACAAAAGAAAUAACAAAUACAACUACAACAAGCGAUAAUCAAAACAAUAAUAAAAACGACUCCAAUUUACCAAUUGAAAACAAUAAAAACUUGGAUAUAAACAAUACAAAUGAACCAGAUGAACCAAAUGAAACAAAUGAAACAAAUGACCCAAAUGAAAUAACAGGAAUUAAAAGAAAGUUUCAAGAGACUUUAAAUGGAAAUAAUUCAUUUUUAUCACCAAACAAAACAACAAAUAAAAAUAAUUUAGAAAAUGAUGAAUCAAUGCCCUAA